AUGGACAAACCUCAGCGGAGCCCAGUCGUAACGAUUGUGGGGUUCCACCAUGCAAGGGGACCCGAAGUGGAAACUUGGAUAGGCUUAGAGAAGGAAGACGAUAUAUCGGAUUGGCCGCUAUUGCCGUUUCUUGCGCUAGCAGAUGGUGCUCAUGCUUCGGAGGAGGAUUUCUCGUAUUUCACCCUGAAACAUACAACGCCGGCGGGACCUACCACUCUAUUUGGGAUAUCGUGCACGAGGCAGUUAGACGCCAGUGAGUUAAUGGAUAGGCCCGCCGAUGUGACGCGAUCUACGUCCUACCUUCUUCUUCUCUCACUUGAAACAACAGCUAUCGGCUGUCACCACAGCUUGGUUUGCGCAGAGGUAUGGGCUCGUAUCUUGACUGAUCGCUCACGUGAUCAAUUUGUUGGCUUAUCACUGCGGGAGUUUGUGUAUGAAUUCAAACAUCAAACACUCGUGUUGUUUAAAUGUGCUCUGCUGCAGCCCAAGAUGCUCUUUUUUGGUAGUAGCUGUGAGAGGCUAUGCAUGACACAGUUUUCGCUGCUAUCUCUCAUUCCAGGACUCCUGCGAAACCUGGAAGACUGUGGUGAUCCGGACAUGAAUAAUUAUGAAUCCAAGUUGAAAAAACCUACUUCUGUUAAAACGAGUGACCGAAAGUCAUUAUUGACUUUUAUGGGAUUACCGCUCCAAAUAUUCGGGAGAGGAAGCUUGUUUGGGCCCUACACUCCACUGCAGCAGCUCGAUGUACUGGCAGAUUUUGGCACAAAGUCAUAUAUUGUCGGAUCAACUAACUCUCUGCUACUACAGCAGAGGGAUAGAUACUCUGAUAUCCUGAUUAAUCUUGAUGAUAAAAAUAUCAAUGUCACAUCGUCGUCACUGCGUGCUGCUCUUUCACUGUCUGCGGCUGACAGAAGAUGGAUCGACGUGUUGGUCCAGUCCGUUUCCGAGUCUUGGGAUGAAUCGGACCCCACCCGGCCGAAAACGAUGGGAUUCGCAGGUAGUGAAGACUAUAUCCGACUACAAUUCGAGGAGUACAUACUCUCCAUGGUAUCAUCCGUCAAGUAUCACUUAUUUCUGGAAAAGCAUGCAGGCUCGGAGCAGAACGUGUUCCUGCCAGAUAUCGAUGGUGACCCUGCCAAUGAUUUCCAGAUGGAUUGGGUGGAUGCCUGGAAGAAAACCGAGAAUUUCAGAAUCUUCCAGAAGUUUACAGACUCCGAAUUGUUCGACCUUGUGCCCCCAAAGCAUGUAAUGGCUGGUGGGCUGACUAUGGAAGAUGUACAGAGAAGAAUCCUGCAACAAAUGCAGGAGUUACGUUUGGAGGAGAAGGUGCAGAAUAGUAAAGAGGUGUUGGCAAAAACCCUUGCUAAUGGCCGUGUUAAUGUAUCCACUGUUUUCAACAAUCUAUCCAAGAACGUUGAAAAGUUUAGGGAACAGCGGAAAUCGCAGUCUCAAGACUCCAUGCAAAAGCUCAGUAUUGAGACAGGAGAAAAACCGUCUACUGACAGCAACCCAAGCAUGACAAUUCCUUCUACUGUUGUUUCUCCGGUACUUGCCGAUGCAUCCUCUCGUGCUGGUGCCUACUUCUCCUCUUGGGCGACAUGGGCUGGAGAAAAGAGAAAGAAGUUUGCCCAAACGCCUUCAAGUCCCUCGUCUGAGCCUGUAAAGGGUGACGGGAGUGACCGAUCUUUACCCAGACCACCACUAGCCGACCCUCCGAAGAACUCCUUUGAAGAGGCCAUCUUUGAUUCGAGGUCGAGAGCCGUAUAUGCCCCUUCUUCUGGACGUUCAUCGCCGCAGAGAGCUAGUGUUUCUGGUAGCGCUGCUCCUGCUAAUGUGGUGAUCAAAGAUCUGGAUAAGGGGAGAGGCAUUGGCCUGGGAAUCGUUGACGCUGGUCUCCAAAGUCCACCGGCCCCACCCAACCCCUCUGCAGAAGAGAAGGAUGAGCUAGAACUGACGAGCCCCGACCCCCGCUUCCGCCCCUGUGGUCGAAGAGAGGAAGAGAGCGCCCCCUGUCGGGGAGAGGAGGAGUGGGCCUGUUUUUGAGGAGAAGAGCCCUAUUAAACGGGACGAAAAGAGGACUAUUCGCGUU